GUUCGCUGCCCUAUAUAUAGGCCUCGCCACCAAGAACUUUCGAUUUCGUGGACGCGUGCUUAGCCAUUAGCCAGUGCGAGCAAGUGUGCACUGCUACGUGUGCGUAGCACAAACCUUACGCGCGUUCACGCACCAUGCCGGCCUUCGCGGAGAGCGCCGCCGACCCACCUCUGGCCGACAGCUACCUCACGCUGCUCCGCCGCGGCGAGCGCGACGGCAUUGCACCGUCGACGGAGGGCGGCCUAGCCGUUCUGGAGUGCGAGUUGCCCAUGAUAGACGUGAAGUGCCUGACGUCGAGCGGGGGCAGCGCCAGCGCGAGGGAGCGGGCGGCGUGCGCGGACGCCAUGGCGAGGGCGGCCUCCGAGUGGGGCUUCUUCCAGAUGACUAACCACGGCGUGAGCCGGGCUCUCCUGGAGGAGAUGAGGAGGGAGCAGGCGAGGCUAUUCCGGCUGCCGUUCGAGACCAAGGCGAAGGCCGGGCUGCUCAACGGCUCGUACCGGUGGGGCGCCCCGACGGCCACGUCGCUCCGGCACCUCUCGUGGUCGGAGGCGUUCCACGUCCCGCUCGCCAGCAUCUCAGGGAAGGACUGCGACUACGGGGAGCUCAGCUACUUGAGGGGCGUGCUGCAGGAGGUGGCGGACGCGAUGUCGCGGUUGGCGACGACGGUGGCGGUGGCUCUGGCGGAGAGCCUGGGGUACGAGGCGACCGGGGGCGCGUUCCCGGCGGGGUGCGACGAGACGACGUGCUUCCUGCGGCUCAACAGGUACCCGGCGUGCCCGUUCGCGGCGGACACGUUCGGGCUGGUGCCCCACACGGACAGCGACUUCCUCACGGUGCUGUGCCAGGACCAGGUCGGGGGCCUGCAGCUCAUGAAGGACUCGCGCUGGGUCUCCGUGAAGCCCCACCCGGACGCGCUCAUCGUCAACGUCGGCGAUCUAUUUCAGGCGUGGAGCAACAACAGGUACAAGAGCGUGGAGCACAAGGUGGUGGCAAACGCCAAGGCGGAGCGGUUCUCGGUCGCAUACUUCCUGUGCCCGUCGUACGACUCGCCCGUGGGCACGUGCGGCGAGCCGUCGCCAUACAGGGCCUUCACCUUCGGGGAGUACAGGAGGAAGGUGCAGGAGGACGUCAAGAGGACCGGCAAAAAGAUUGGGCUCCCCAACUUUCUCAAACAUGCUGCCUAGCUAAUGACGGCCCGGAAGGAGCUAUCUUCGUCUUCUGAUAUUACGGUCGAUAUGAACUCGACCUCGCUGUACAAGAAUAUUAUUACGUGGGCUUGAAGGAGCUUUCUACUUUUUCUUUUUUUCCCAUUUUUGCUUAGGUGAUAGGUCCCUACACAAUAGAGUAAAUGAGGAGGACGUGUGUGCUUAUCAAUCAAGCUAUCGUUAACAUCGAGUAAUUGGCGCGUGCAGGGCACCUUUCCUGUACGCACCUCCCCUGUUCUGCUUCCUGUUUCUGUCUACUGUUCGCGUUUUGUUCAAUAAACCUACCGCGCAAAACGUGUAAUG